AUGCGAAAGAGAUACGUCCGCUUCCGUGGAAGACGACGACGUGUAAAGAUCAAAAGGAAAUACUUCUUUGGACGGAAACGUAUUCGUAGGUUCAGGAAGAAAAUAAGGAUUUACAUCCGAAGAAAAUACAGGAAAAUAAAACGUUUCGGCAGGCGAUGGCGAGUGCAAAUUAGAAGGAAAUGGUGCGGACUGCGAAGAUUCGGUCGAAAGUGGUACUUAAGGAGAAAAAGGAAAUGGAGAAAGAUUAAAAGAGUAAAACUUAGAUUGAAAUAUAGAAAGAAAAGAAUUCGGAUAAGACGGCGAAGGAAGAAGUGGUACGUACGACGAAGAAAGCGAUGGAGGCGUGUAAGGCGUAGAGUUCGUUGCAGCAUCCGCGUUCGAGGAAGGCGAGUGAGGGUGAGGCUGAUUGGUAGAAGACGCGUAAGAAUCACCAAGAAUGGUAGAACAAGGAGGAUUCGCUUCAGACGUCGAAGACGAGGUAGAAGAGGACGACGAGGAAGGCGCAAGAGAUACGUCCGCUUCCGUGGAAGACGACGACGUGUAAAGAUCAAAAGGAAAUACUUCUUUGGACGGAAACGUAUUCGUAGGUUCAGGCGGAGAAUAAGGAUUUUGGUCCGAAGAAAAUACAGGAAAAUAAAACGUUUCGGCAGGCGAUGGCGAGUGCGAAUUAGAAGGAAAUGGUGCGGACUGCGAAGAUUCGGUCGAAAGUGGUACUUAAGGAGAAAAAGGAAAUGGAGAAAGAUUAAAAGAGUAAAACUUAGAUUGAAAUAUAGAAAGAAAAGAAUUCGGAUAAGACGGCGAAGGAAGAAGUGGUACGUACGACGAAGAAAGCGAUGGAGGCGUGUAAGGCGUAGAGUUCGUUGCAGCAUCCGCGUUCGAGGAAGGCGAGUGAGGGUGAGGCUGAUUGGUAGAAGACGCGUAAGAAUCACCAAGAAUGGUAGAACAAGGAGGAUUCGCUUCAGACGUCGAAGACGAGGUAGAAGAGGACGACGAGGAAGGCGCAAGAGAUACGUCCGCUUCCGUGGAAGACGACGACGUGUAAAGAUCAAAAGGAAAUACUUCUUUGGACGGAAACGUAUUCGUAGGUUCAGGCGGAGAAUAAGGAUUUUGGUCCGAAGAAAAUACAGGAAAAUAAAACGUUUCGGCAGGCGAUGGCGAGUGCGAAUUAGAAGGAAAUGGUGCGGACUGCGAAGAUUCGGUCGAAAGUGGUACUUAAGGAGAAAAAGGAAAUGGAGAAAGAUUAAAAGAGUAAAACUUAGAUUGAAAUAUAGAAAGAAAAGAAUUCGGAUAAGACGGCGAAGGAAGAAGUGGUACGUACGACGAAGAAAGCGAUGGAGGCGUGUAAGGCGUAGAGUUCGUUGCAGCAUCCGCGUUCGAGGAAGGCGAGUGAGGGUGAGGCUGAUUGGUAGAAGACGCGUAAGAAUCACCAAGAAUGGUAGAACAAGGAGGAUUCGCUUCAGACGUCGAAGACGAGGUAGAAGAGGACGACGAGGAAGGCGAAGAGUUACAAGAAGAAGGAGAAGGCGUCAGCGACGUCAAAGGCGUCGACGGCGUCGAAGGCGUCGAAGGAGGCGACGAAUGAGAAGAAGAAGACGACGAAGAAAAAUAUUAAGAAGAUACAGACGGAAGUGGCGCGGUCGAAGAAUUUUCUUCCAUGGUAAACGCCGACGUGUGCGAGCAGGGAGGAGACGUUGGUAUCUGCGCUUCAGAGGACGACGCUAUCGCGUCCGACGGCGUGGAAAACGAUCUCGAGUCUACUUCAAGAGAGGAUGGAGAAUAAUAAAACGCAGACGCGGUGUUCAAUUUUUGAAAUACGGUCGAUUUUGGUACCGUAUUUUAUUCAUGAGAGGGUCUUACUACGUCAGAUAUGGCAAGAGGAAGAUGCCUAUCAGGAGGCUCCAAUUACGGUUCAUGCGAAAGUGGAGAACAAUGAAACUUUACCGUCAGAGGAGAUGGCUUUAUCUCAAUAGAAAGUGGAUAAGACUUACUGGACGUCGCUUUUAUUACAUGAAUUACAGGGGACGCAAACUUUCAGUGAGAAAAACAAGAGGAAGGUAUCAAAUAAGGUUCCGCAGGCGAUGGUUGAGACCAAGAAGACCGAAAUAUGGGCGAGGACGACGUCGUGGUGUAAUACCUAUUGAAAACGAAUCUAAAACAAUGACAUGGAAACAGUUUUUCAUGAUAGAUGUUUUUCUUGUGGCUUAUUAUGACAAUUUGGCUGUAUACCAAUCUACACGUGGCGAAGACGCGGCAGAAGAGGACGAAGAGGAAGAGGAAGAGGAAGACGAAAGAGAUACGUCCGCUUCCGUGGAAAACGACGUCGUGUAA